AUGCUUGGCUGCUUCGUACAAUGCCAUCACAAUGCCGCCAAGUACAAACUAGAUUCCCAUGCUGUUCUCUUCGGACAAGCUUUCCGCCUACCUAGGUACAGUAGUACCACUGCUGCUCACUCUACCUGCCACCUGGUAACCUUCGGUUUGACUGAGCCGAUCAAGAUCUGCCCGGUCCAUCGGCGCGCUCCGCUCGGUAACCUUACUGUAUUUAAGGGACCGUCAUCGGAUACGACGCCACGUUUACCUUGGGAGCAGUUGGAUUCCGAUAGGUCGUCAGGCAUUGCACGAACCGCAUUCAAGGACGCGUACAGACCUCGGAUGGACGCCACACAUAUCAUAGGUCAAUUACUGUACCCUUUUGAAAGGACCUCAACGAAAGGGCCUAGAACUCUGCAGAGGUGCGCAUGGUGGCGUAGAGGCAGCGAGGCCCUCGCUCGUCCAUGGAAAUUCCUUGCUUUCGCUCUCGCGGUAUCGUGUAGCUGCAUUGAAGUGUCAAUGAUUGUCAGGCCACUUCCAGUUGCAACUUCUCAGUGCUUUGAUCGCAAGACCCUGCACAAUGCCAAUACCCCGCUCUCUCCCUGUAUCCUGUCGUAUUCCGUACCUUGGAAUAGUCCAAGGGCCAUCUCCUUUGCGGAAGAGUUCCGAUUAUUGGUGUCCUUGGGAUAUGAACAGCAGGAUUACAUCAAUCUCCAGCCACCAGAAAAUCGAAAUGGAGCCGGAUACGUGCAGUUUGAUGCCGAUCCAGAUACGUUUCUUCACGAUACGGAUUUGUCACAGCCAGAGGACCCUUUUAUCUUUAAUGAUACUAGGAGAACCCUCAAGGACCUAGGUCUUCGUUCCACAGGUUCCACAGAUCAGUUCAAGCAUCCGGGUACGGCUCAAAUCAACGCCUCUGAUGCUCCGAAGCCUCAGUCGCCCACAAUAGAUCUGUAUAACUGGGCAGUAAGGGCAUACCCCGUGAGCCCGGGUGCAUUUGCGGCACAGCCUGAAGACCCUCUGAGACUGUCACGACUGGAACGGCCUGCUGGAGCUUGUAAAAAAGAGAUGUCCAACACGGCGAGGCUACCGCCAGACUCACCCUUCACUACCGAAACAUCAGAUGCUCUACCGACACGGGAAGCUGGGAAUGAGACGACGAAGGGCUCAAAGCGCGAGGCGGAUACGCAAGACUUAGUUAGAGGAAAGAAGGCCAGGAGAGUUUGCAAGUCAAAGAAACUCGUGGUGGUUAGCAAGGAGGAUCAACAGGCUCGACGCAAGGUGUUCCUUGAGAAGAAUCGAAACGCUGCGGCCAAAUACCGCGCUCGAAGCAAGCAGUCUGAGGCAAAGCUGAAAGCCACCUUCCAAGAUAUGACCGUCAGGCGUGGCGCAUUGGAUUCCCAACUAGCGGAGCUAAAACAUCAAUACGCGAAGUUGGAGGCCAAGUUAUUACCUCACUGUCAAGUCUGUCCUUCGAAGAACCUUGAGGACUGGGUAAGGGCGCUACCACGGGGUGGUCCAGUUCAAUCGUCCAAAUCGAUAGGCAAAUCACUUCAGCUCGGCGAUGAUAAUCUCGAAAUCAUCCUAUAG